AUGCGCGCAAUUCCGCCCACAUACUUCAGACCGUCAUCUCCCCACGGCUCGCGUGCGUCAACCUCUCAUCCUGCGAUGCCCACCGCCGUACCGCUUCCGCGGGAGCUUCAAGUCCCGUCUAUGCGCUCGAGUGCGUCGAGUGCUGCGAGUUACCGAUCAGACAAAGGCUGUGAGAAAGAAAGGGAAGGGCAAAAGAGGACUAGCAGUAUUCCAAUGGCUCCGGCUAUGGUGAGAGGUGAGAGCAGCAAUAGCAGCAGCUCGGGCAGCUCGCGGGGUUACGGCCCGAGUGCGACGACGUACUAUAGGGAUCGGGAGGAUCAGCAGCACCCACAACGACAGCGCAGGUCGUCGACCUCGGCCUCGAACUCAACGGCGCCUUCUUCGGUGCCUUCGUCAUCUCCCUCACGAACACGUUCCCGACGUCAGUCCAUUAAUCAGGGCUCUAAUCCAUAUCCGGCCUCACGCAGAGAAAGGUCCUCCGGCAAUGAUGCACAUGCAAAUUCGAUACCACAUCUGCGCGAAGCACUAAGCACGCUCGAAUCGCAGAUGGCUAGUUUGCAAUUUGAGCGGAAGAAGCUCGAGACGCGUCUGGAGAAUGCCGUUAGGAGGCAAUCGCCCAUACAGCGGAUACCGGGAGAGCUUCUUGGCUCGAUCUUUGAGAUUGGUGUGCAUCGUGCUUCUGGAGCGGAGGAUGCUCUAUUGCUUUCAACGCUGAUGCGUGUGUGUAAGCACUGGACCGACGUUGCGCUGAAUACGCCUGUGCUUUGGUCGAAGAUUGUGAUUGAUACGCCUGCGAGUCUCCCGAAGGCGCGGCGCAAGCUUGCACGUUCCCGCGCCGUCCCACUGGAUAUUACGAUUCAGUUUGGACCCUCAGUGGACCCGGAGGCUCCCGUUCGUGGAGGACAGGGUGGAUAUGGCCAGGCGGUGAUUGAGACCGUUGUACAUGCGAUGGACUUGCUUCAGCCGGCAAUCUGGCGUUGGCGAUCGUUCCGCCUCGCAGUCCCGACUCACGCACAUGCCGCAGCUGCAUUAUCCCAAUGCACCGAGGCCGCUCCAAUACUCGAAGUCCUUGCCGUACAGGUGCACCAUGUUAUGAACGAUGCCGGGCGCUCAUCGCGUUCGCUCCGGCAGGCUCCUUUAAGUCUGAACGCGUUCAUGGACGACGAUGCGGACGCUCAGCUUUUCGGUGGGCAAGUUCCACGACUACGCGUAUGUGCGCUCACGUCGUUCGAUGCUGGGUGGGGCGGGCCAAUCAUGCGUGGAUUGACGGUACUGAGACUUGGUGGGUUCUGGAACGGUGCUGCGCCGAGGAUGCGGACACUCAUUGAUGUGUUACGCGCGUGUCCUGAGCUUGAGGAACUUUCACUAAGGAAUAUGUCGGAUGUUGAAGGGGAGAUGGGAAACGAGAGCUGUGCGUGCUUUGACUUUGAUGGGCAACUUAAGUCUACGAGAUCGCAUUCGCAUUCACGGUCUGCUCACUCGCACUCGCACUCCCAUUCGCAUUCAUUGUACCCACGAGAGUCGGAUAUGGUACACCUUCCGCGUCUUAGACGCGCGUCGUUCUACUAUUCGGGCGUGGUACGCACCGCAGGACUCCUCGCACAGAUGUCCUUCCCCGCACUCGAACGGCUAGAGUUAUCCUACCUCGACAACAUCACACCCGUUCUUACACACUUAAAGCGUCAGGCCUGUUCACCUCCGUUAGGCUUUACCGGGGACUCAGCAGAAUGGGUAGUGAGAGACGGGAGAUAUGAUGGGGGGAUGCGGAUGAGGACUGGUUUACCGUUGGUAACUCUGAGGAUUGAGAGUUGUUUAUUUAAUGAGCUGAAGCUUGUGAGGCUUUUGAGACGCUUGCCGACGAUUAGGAAGCUUGAGCUUGUGGAUGUUGAGGAUGUGUCGGCGAGUUUCCUGAAUGGCCUUUCCACACCACAAUCCACCCACUCCCAUUCACAUCAAGCACCACAAUCAUCUCAAUCAUCUCAAACACAACAAGAAUGGAUCUGCCCACUCCUCGACACGCUCAACUUCGACGGAUGCAGUAGCUUACCAUGGGACGCGCUUCGGGCAGUCGUAGAAGCGCGUUUACCAGCUUCUACGAGUGCUGGUGCGAGGCUAUUAGGUCCUGCUGCGCGGUCGUCUGUUGGGAGUUUGAGCAGUGCGUCGGGGUAUGCUGCUCAUCAAACGCAACGUACAUCGUCGUCUUCUUCGCUUAAUGCGAGUGCGAGGAUGAGUCGAGCGGGUAGCACGAGUGGAGUAGAUGGAGGGCCGACGAGACUUCGUACUCUUGAUUUGACACGGUGCCCGCAGAUAAGUAAAGAGAUGAUUGCGUGGUUGAGGAUGUAUGUUGACGAGGUGAGGGUGAGGUGUGAGGCGGAGCAGACGUAUUGGGGUGAGUUCGGGUUCUCGGAGUAG